AUGAGCGAUAGAACGCGAGAAUUUGCCAGGCCAAGUGGUAGGCCUAGUGGUAGAAUGCCAUUUUUGACGGCUGGCUCACCCCAGAUGGUUUCUAAUCGUGGUGCGCGCGAGAAAGUCGUUUUGGCCCCAGGCCACUCAGCCGUUGAUUGGGAGGCCCGCAAACGCGAGGAAACAAAGCGGAUUCGGUCGCGACUUCCGCAAUUCCCUAUGCGACUACGAAAAGAGGAUGUGAAGCUUCACGCAUCGCGUGACGACUGUUGGGUAAGCCUUGGUGGAAAGGUGUAUGACAUUACUGGAUACCUUGACUAUCAUCCCGGUGGAGUGGACAAGCUACUGUUAGUUGCGGGCAAAGACGGGACUGCGAUGUUCAACCGGUAUCAUCCGUGGGUGAAUUUUGAACGUAUGCUUGAUGGCUGCUUGGUUGGAUUUGUACUAUAA